GGACUGUCGAAAAUAUGACAAUUGAGGUGUGGCAACACUGCCCCUAUGUAUUAAAUAACAAUAACAGUAUUGGUAUUAUUUUUAUUUCUCAUAGUGAAAGUAAAGGUGAUAGUUUAUGUUGCCUAAACAUAAAUCCUCCUACUACAGGAAUUCGGACACUAUUUCUCAGUCUACAACUCCACCUUUUCUUUCUGAUUUUUUGUAACCUGUACCCUUGUGUUUACUAUAGAAGAAGUCCAUGGAUUCAGCAGAGAUAUCAACCAGAACCUUUGGCCCAUUGGUUUUCAAAGAAUGCGAUUAUGGGGAAAUUGAAGGCUUUACAGAAACAAAAUGUUUACUUUGUGAAGAUACAUUCAACUUGAAAAUAUCCCUCCCUUUGUUCCUGUCUCAUAUUUUUGAUGUUCAUAAUGUGGUGAUCGAAGAUGUACAAAAUAUAAAGAAUCUUCAUGAGUAUGUUCUGUACUGGAGAAAUAAAUUUAAAUUCUCUCCCCCUGAACAAAUAAUUCCUUCCAUAAAUAUUCAGAGAGAAGACAAAAAGUAUUUUGUGAUGUCAAAUCUGUUGAAGGAAGAUAAAAUAUUGCGCCAUAAACUCUGUUUGGAAUAUGCACUGAAGGUUCAGGAAUUUGAAAGAAAUGAUGAUAGUUACAUUAAACCUUGUUUGUUUUGUAAAUUGGUGUUCGAAGGCACAAGAUUAAAAUAUUUGGAACAUCUUUCGAAUGAGCAUAACUUACAGCUGGGUAAUUCACAAAAUUUAGUGUUUAUUGAAGAAUUGGUGAAUAAAAUCGAGAAAACCAUAUCAAAUUUGCAAUGCAUAUUUUGUGAGAAAUCUUUUCCUGAAAGGAAUGUUUUAAAAGAGCAUAUGAGAAAAAAACUUCAUAAAAGAAUCAAUCCCCAAAACGCAGCAUAUGAUAAAUUUUACAUAGUAAAUUACUUGGAAGAAGGUAAAAACUGGCAAAAAAUACAAAAUGAGACAGACACAUACGCCACACCUACAGAUUAUGAGUCGAAUGCAGAUGAAGAAUAUUCAGAUUGGAAUGAGGAAGAGAACCAAAUAACGUGUCUUUUCUGCGAAAGAAAAGAGACGCUUAUCAAUCCAUUAUGUUUGCACAUGGAUGGUGAUCAUGACUUUGAUUUCUUUGAGCAAACAGAACAUUUAGAUUUCUACCAGAAAAUAAAAUUGAUCAAUUUCAUCCGCAGACAGUUUCACGACAUGAAAUGCUUAUAUUGUGAUGCUUCUUUCGAAUCAACUAAUCAUCUGAAAAACCAUCUAGCUGAGAAAAGUCACUACAAAAUACCAGAGUUGAAAGUGUUCGAUCAGCCUGAGUUUUAUUUUCCUACAUAUGAGAAUGAUGCCCUUCUGUACCUUAUUGACGAUGUUGAGGACUGAGGGAUACCCUGUUAAUUUUUUGUUUUGUAUAUUGUUGUAAAUAAAUUAUAUCUAUAUAGACAUGUAUUGAAUUAUCUACAGGUGGUUUAAAUCAAACAAUAUAAGAAAUGAAGCAGA